CAAAUCUACAAGUUUUCUCUUUUCUUCUUCUUUGCUCCUAUUAUUGCACUCACUGCACUAACACAAGAAUUUAGCUAAUCGAAAAUAUACGAAAAAUGACACGAGAAAUUCAUGCCACUGCUUCUAAAGGUUUCCACCUUCAAGCAGCAAACUACGCUCAGACACGCCCUACUUAUCCGAAAGAAGUCGUUGAAAGAAUCAAAACUUUGAUUCCUAAUUAUCAACGGAGCAACAUUAUUGAUCUAGCCGCCGGCACUGGCAUUAUGACUAGCAUCUUAUACAAUGCGGGCUUUUCUGGAAUCAAAGCUGUCGAGCCUGUUGAGGGUAUGCGCAGUAAAUUAAACGAGCUAUUGCCUCAGGUACCUUGCUUGGAUGGCACUUCUUGGAAAAUGCCCUUUGAGGAUGCUUCACAGGAUGCUAUUAUUGUCGCUCAAGCUUUCCAUUGGUUCGACGACAUACAAUCUUUGAGAGAAUUUCAUCGUGUUUUGAAACCUAAUGGUAUUGUUAUCCUGACAUGGAACAUGGAAAGUCAAGAGAGGGGUGAAUGGGUAGCCAACAUCAGAAGCCUAUAUGAAGUCUACGAUGCUGCCGCACCUCAAUUUCGUAAAAUGUACUGGCGUAAAGUAUUUGAGACUGAAGAAGCCAAAGCUCUAUUUAAGCUUCCCUACACAGAAGAGAUGUACAGGAACGAUUUUGAGGUUCCUAAAGAGAACAUAUGGAAGAGAGUGCUGACUAAAAGCUACAUCUCUAGUCUUGAUAAAGCUGAACAAAAAAAAUUAAAGGUCAAGAUCGAAGAGGCUAUCAAAGAUGUGCCUGUAGAUAAUCAAAAUAGAGUCUUUUAUCCUCAUGAGACAUAUUUCGUUUACUUUCGCAAAAAUGAAUGAGAAUUGAUAUAAAAAAGACUUUCGUACAUAAAAGAUAUAAACUAAAAUAAAGAAAAACUGCAUCGGAAAAAACGUGUAUUUACAAGGAAAGAAAAAGAUACAAUCCACUGAAGAAUGCCAUCAAAAAACAUUACUGCCACCACAUCAUCAACAUGGAUGAGGGCCUUCCAUAGUCGUCAACACAAAGACUGUUAAAUUUCUAACUUUACAAUUGUUGAGGGGCCCCAAGUAUUGUGCCUGGACCUGCAGCAGCAGCAGCUAAAACUUCAUCAGGAGGUAUACAGGCGGUGAUAACUCUUUGUCUGCCUGGAUCCGGAAGUGCAACAU